GUGAGGUGACUGCAAUUUUUUUCUGCCAAACCAGAAUUAGCCGGUAUAGGAAUGAAAGAGCGUGGAGAUUUGAAAUUUCAUCGAUUGGAAGGAAGCUCGGCUUAGGUUCGGGCGCCUCCACACGAACCCUUUUUAAAGCCAACACGGACUGAGGCCUCGAGCUCGACGCUCCACAAAGCGCUCUCCCGGCCGGGCAGCGAGGGGCCGAGGAGCCCGGGAGCCCCGCACCCAGCGCACGGAGCCGGGCGGAGCGCCGAGCCGCAGGCACCGGCAGCUCCAGGAUGACAGGCGACAUUGCAACAAAUCUCUACACGCAGCCGCUCAGGGGGCUCCGAGGGAAACAGCAAGUUCGGGGAUCGGGGCCAGGAGGCGAGUGAGGUCGCAGCCCCGGGGGCUGCAGGCGAAAAUCUUGAAAAAUGUAUACAAGUCAUGAAGACAUUGGAUAUGAUUUUGAAGAUGACCCCAAAGAUAAGAAGACACUUAAACCCCACCCAGACAUUGAUGGUGGAUGGGCGUGGAUGAUGGUCCUGUCCUCUUUCUUUGUGCACAUCCUCAUCAUGGGCUCCCAGAUGGCCCUGGGAGUCCUCAAUGUGGAAUGGCUUGAAGAAUUCCAUCAGAGCCGCGGCCUGACUGCCUGGGUCAGCUCCCUUAGCAUGGGCAUCACCUUGAUUGUGGGGCCUUUUAUCGGCUUGUUCAUUAACACCUGCGGCUGCCGCCGGACCGCAAUAGUUGGAGGGCUGGUGAACUCGCUCGGCUGGGUGUUGAGCGCCUAUGCUGCGAACGUGCAUUAUCUCUUUAUUACCUUCGGAGUGACAGCUGGCUUUGGAAGCGGGAUGGCUUACCUGCCGGCCGUGGUCAUGGUGGGGAGGUACUUUCAGAAGAGGCGCGCCCUUGCCCAGGGUCUGAGCACCACAGGGACCGGCUUUGGCACGUUCCUCAUGACGGUUUUGCUGAAGUACCUGUGCGCGGAGUACGGGUGGCGGAAUGCAAUGUUCAUCCAAGGCGCCGUUUCCCUAAACCUGUGUGUUUGUGGGGCGCUCAUGAGGCCCCUCUCUGCCGGGAAAGACGGAAACCACCCAGGAGGGAAAGAUCCCCAAGUCCUCCCGGCUCCCUCCACCGAAUCUGUUAAGUCAAGUGGACCCCUGGGCAGAGCAGAAGAGAAGGGGGACGGGCCUGGGAACGAGGAGACCCUCAGUGACCUUGCAGCCCAGGCGUGCCAGGAGGAGGCGGGGCACAGAAAGAACAUGUGCGCCCUUCGGGUUCUGAAGACGGUGAGCCAGCUGACCGUGGGAGUCAGGAGGGGCUUCCGGGACUGGUACUCGGGCUAUUUUGGGACCGCCUCGCUCUUUACUAAUCGAAUGUUCGUAGCCUUUAUUUUCUGGGCUUUGUUUGCAUACAGCAGCUUUGUCAUCCCUUUCAUUCACCUCCCAGAAAUCGUCAAUUUGUAUAAUUUAUCGGAGCAAAACGAUGUUUUCCCUCUGACUUCCAUUAUAGCCAUAGUCCAUAUCUUCGGGAAAGUGAUCCUGGGCAUUGUGGCUGACUUACCUUGCAUCAGCGUUUGGAACGUCUUCCUGAUGGCCAACUUCACCCUGGUCCUCAGUAUCUUUAUUCUGCCACUGAUGCACACGUAUGCUGGCCUGGCGGUCAUCUGCGCCCUGAUAGGGUUCUCUAGCGGUUAUUUCUCCCUGAUGCCUGUGGUGACUGAAGACUUGGUGGGCAUCGAACACCUGGCCAACGCCUAUGGCAUCAUCAUCUGUGCUAACGGCGUCUCCGCGUUGCUGGGACCACCUUUUGCAGGGUGGAUCUACGACAUCACUGAAAAAUAUGAUUUUUCCUUCUACAUAUGUGGUUUACUUUACACGGUGGGAAUACUCUUUUUACUCGUUCAACCGUGUGUCCGAAUUAUAGAGCAAUCCAGAAAAAAAUACAUGGACGGUGCACACGUGUAGUGUCAUGUUAUGUUUCCCGUAAGGUUUCCUUGUGGUACUCCUGCCUACCUCACGUGGCUGCUGUGAGGACCUAUGACGUAUCGUGAAAAAGAGUUCUGUACAGUAACUGGCAUUGCCACUUGUAAAUGCCAUUGUCAUUGCCUCAUCUGAAAGCAGCACCGCCUUUCUGUUUGGGGAGAAGCAAUGCUGGAAGGUAUUAAGAACUACAUACGUUUUAGAGACGACACUGUCCUUCAAAGACAGCCUAUUAAAUAAUUAGUAGAAAUGCCCUUAUAAAAACUAUUGUCUUGUGUCAUCCACUGGGACUACGGUUUCAGCUUUUAAAGCAGACAAGGAAUAAAAGCUUUUCAACCCAGCUACUUCUUUGUAAGGCGAAAAUCAAGUAUCUGAAUGCUUGCGGAAAGCUUACGAUAAAUGGGUUUUAAGCACAAGAAUACGACUAGAUUUCAGAAGUUAAUUGUUACAGGGAGCUAUUGACCUACCAUUGUAAAAGAAAGGCAGGCUCUG